UCUGCCCAGCCAAGUUCAAGUUCAGUUCAGAAUCAGAAGUUCAGAACCAAAACUGGUAGUAUCAAUAGCAGUAUCAAUAGCAAUCUAGCACUUGUCAACCUAACCGAUUCCCAUCCAACCAACCCCGCACACCGCCGCGGGAAGCAGAAGAGACUGGAAGAGCCUACAAAAGCUUGGGGGCGCGGCAGCACAACGCAGGAUGGUGGGCUUCCUCCGGGCCUUCGCCGCCGCUUCCGCUGUGCCCGCAGCAGCUGCCGCAGCCUAUGCUCUCUUUUCAUCCUCCGCCCCUUCCUCCUCCAAGCUCCGCUUCCCUCUUCCUGACUCCUUCCUCUCCGCCGCCGCCUCCUCGACCUCCGGGCGCGCUCCCAACGCCGUGCCCCCGAUGGCCACCGCCGCUGCCACGGCUGAUCUCUCGGCUGCCGAUGAUAAGCGGGACUCGGCGCUUCCGGAGCUCACGACGGAAUUCAUGGUGGACAUGAAAUGUGAGGGAUGUGUAACAGCUGUGAAAAACAAGCUGCAAACUCUUGAAGGAAUAAAAAACAUUGAGGUGGACUUGUCUAACCAAGUCGUUAGAGUUUUGGGGUCUCUUCCAGUGAAGACAAUGUUAGAUGCCCUUCAUCAAACAGGUCGAGAUGCACGACUGAUUGGCCAAGGGAACCCAAAUGAUUUCUUAGUUUCUGCUGCUGUAGCUGAGUUUAAAGGGCCUGUUGUAUUUGGUGUUGUUCGUCUGGCCCAAGUAAACAUGGAGUUGGCUAGAGUUGAAGCCACGUUUAGUGGUCUAUCACCUGGUAAACAUGGAUGGUCAAUAAAUCAGUUUGGGGAUUUGACAAGAGGUGCAGAAAGCACUGGCAAUGUCUAUAAUCCGCCAGAUCAUUUAUCUGAUAAGCCACUUGGUGACCUGGGAACACUAGAAGCUGGAGAGAACGGGGAAGCCCAUUUCUCAGGACCGAAGGAGAAAUUGAGAGUGGUUGACUUGAUCGGCCGCUCUAUUGCUUUGUAUGCAACCGAGGACAGAUCAGACCCUGGCAUUGCCGCAGCCGUGAUUGCAAGAAGCGCCGGGGUAGGAGAGAACUACAAGAAACUCUGCACUUGUGAUGGUGUCACCAUUUGGGAAUCAAGCUAAACCUGCUACCAGCGAAUUUUCCAUACUAUUUACUUCCGUAUGUUGUACACACACAUUAACGUAGAAACAAUCAAAGUGGCAACUGAACAUUUGGAAUAAGCUUGAAUACAUUGAGGAAUAAAGGCUGUUCUCAUGUGGAGCUUGGACAGUA